CGGCUACUUUGGCACAAGGAAGUCCCGAUUUGACCCCUUUGCACCAUUUUGGUUUACCAUCCUCGUUCUCUUCAAAGAUUUGUCCUCUUCUCCUUCAAAGCCUGCCUUUUAUACAGUCAUCGUCCAUGUAUUCGUUCCCUGGUAAACCCUAACCCGUACAAUCCGCUCGAUCUGACUCAUUGCUCUAGCAUUCAACGACUCAACCAACCAUGAGCCGAUUCAGGAGAAUCGAGAUCAUCGACCCCUACUAUCCCUCCUUCUCCGUCAGAGAAACCUCCAUUUUUACCCCCAAAACCCUAACCUUCCCCUCAUUUGUAAUUGAAGAGCCAGAGCCUGACUUUAACUUUGCUAUCGAUCUCCUAAACCCCACCCCUAGCCCAUUCGAGCUCUUUGACACCUAUACUGAUCUGAUCCAAGUCGAAAGAACGCCAUCGUUUUACUCCUACAAGAGGAUCCAUCAGCGAGUGGGGGCCGAGCAGAGCUUGCUGACUCUGUGUGACCGAGUCUCCGAGCUCGAGUCCAAAUUUGACCGGCUGUUAAACGCGAAGGUUAGUUCCGGCGACAGGAAAUACACAUGGACGGCGGACGUCAAGGGUCCAUUAGAUAGGAAGUACAAGUUGACUGCGGAGAUCAAAGAGGAUAAGAAGAAGAAAGAAGAGAAGAAGGCUGGGAUCGAGAAGAACUAUAAGUGGACGGCUCAGAUUAAGGGAAAAGGAGAGAAUGGAUUGCGGUCUUACACGUUCAAAGCAUCAAGUGGCGAUGCAGGUGAGAGUAGCGGAUCAGAUGAGGAGGAGAAGGAGAAGAAGAAGAAGAAGAAGAGUUGUAAGAAAGACGAGAAGAAGGGAAAGUGUGCCACGCGUCUGGUGGAGAUUGAAGAGCCCUCAGAUCAUGGGGCUAUCGUUUUAAGACAGGCAUUUGCCAAAAGAGCUGGUGCUGCUAGAAGUGGAAAGGGCAAGCAGAAGGAAUUGUCUCUUCAAGAUGCAGCUUUGAUCAUCCAGAUAUCUUUUAGAACUUACCUGAUUCGUAGAUCACAGGCUCUUCGGGCACUUAGAGACCUGGCAGUUGCCAAGGCCAAGCUGAAGGAGAUCAGGGCAUUGUUCAACAACUUCUCCUACCGCAAGCGCAUAGCUGGUGACGCAGCAGAGCGACAGAGGUUCUCUGAGAAAAUCAUUGUGCUUCUUCUUACUGUCAAUGCCAUUGAGGGUACUGGUUUGAUGGUGCGAGCUGCAAAGAGAUCAAUGAUAGAUGAGCUUGAAGCGAUACUUGAUGUGGUGGACCCGCAGCCCACUGGUAAAUCACUUUCAAUGAGAAGGAGAACAUUUGAUAUGCCUGAUGGUGUCAUCAGGAAGGAAAUUGCAGAAGGUGUGGCGCAGGUUGUCCGAAUGCUUGACAAUGAAGAGAGGAGUGGCGACACCUUUGAGGCAUGCAUGUGAAGGCUACUGUAAUAAGUCAGCCAUUUUCUAGUGUUCUUGCUGCUUGUUAACAUGUUCAGAAGAGGAGAGACGAUCUUUUCCCUAUAUCUGAUAAGAGUUGUGUUAUGCAUGUUUGAACUUUUCCCACUACCUAUAUGUUUUGAGAUGCUGUUGUGCUUUAGACUUAUCUCUGCAAUGCUUUUUAAUGGAGCUUGACUGUUUCUUUUCCAGUC